AUGACGAAUACGGACUGGAGCAAUUUAUUCCCUGGUGCGAAACUGGAAUGCUUGUCAGCUUCCUCCUCAGACCACUAUCCGGUUCUGCUAAGGUGUAUUAAUCCCACGGUACAGCAUAGUACAGCCAGGAAAUUCAAGUUUGAGAAUACUUGGCUUACCAAACCGGGUUUUACGAAUUUUGUGCGUGAUAAAUGGCUCAACUGUGAGCAUGAAGAGAUUACUAAAAAGCUGAAAGAUUAUGGAGAUGAUAUGGUAAAAUGGAGUCAAAAAAAUUGGUGUAAAGUUAGAAAGGAAAUUGCUGGUAUUUGCAAGAAGUUGGAUAGAGCCAGACAACACGUUUCGGAAGGGAAUCUCAAUUAUUUCUCAACCCUUAAGAAACGAUUGAUAUCUCUGUUGGUGAAAGAUGAUCUUUUUUGGAAGCAAAGAGCUAAAGCCCAUUGGUACAAAGACGGCGAUCUCAAUACUCGAUUUUUUCAUGUUACAGCUACUGGUAGGAAAAAAGUCAAUGCUAUAAAAUCUCUUAUCAAUGAGAAUGGAGAAGUUAUUCUGUCUACUUAA